AUAGCUAUGAGCACCGUGUAGCAAAAAGGAAGGAGUAGUACUGCUCCCAUUUUUAGGAGAGAGAGAAAGCUCCCAUUUUUGGGAGUGAGAGAAAAAAAUGGAGUUGAAGAAAAGUUUGAAGUUGGAGCUCUUGGGGUUUUUGCUUUUGAACGCGUUUGUUCUUUCCAUGGCUAGAAAGAAAAUCCCUUCCAUCAACUUUGUUCUGAAGGAAACAAAAUAUACAAGGUUGUGUAGCUCAAAGAAGAUCUUGACAGUCAAUGGAUUGUUUCCAGGACCUACUUUGCAUGUCCGAAGAGGUGAUAGGUUGAUUGUUAAUGUUCACAACAAAGGGAAUUACAAUGUCACCAUUCAUUGGCACGGAGUAAAUCAGCCGAGAAAUCCAUGGUCAGAUGGGCCGAAUUACGUGACACAGUGCCCAAUCAAGCCGGGUGCAAAAUUCAGUUAUGAGAUCAUAUUCUCAACCGAAGAAGGUACACUUUGGUGGCACGCUCACAGUGAUUGGUCUCGAGCCACGGUGCAUGGUCCAAUUAUCAUAUACCCUCCCAUUGGAACAACCUACCCUUUUCCCAAGCCUCAUGCAGAGUUUCCUAUUGUUUUGGCAUCGUGGUUUAAGGGCGACGUGAUGGAGAUAAUUCAAACUGCACUUGCAAACGGAGGCGAACCAAACAUGUCAGACGCUUUCACCAUCAACGGCCAACCGGGUGAUCUAUAUAAUUGCUCCAAACCCGGGACGUUCAAAAUAUUGGUAAAUUAUGGAAAGAGGUAUCUUCUUCGCGUCAUCAACUCAGUUAUGAACGAAGAAAUGUUCUUCGCAGUAGCUCAGCAUAAUCUCACAGUCGUUGGAAUGGAUGGAGCAUACAUCAAACCCAUAGAAACUGAUUAUAUCAUGAUAACUCCUGGACAAACCAUGGACAUCUUAUUGACUGCAAAUAAGUCCCCGAGCCACUAUUAUAUGGCAGGCAGAGCCUAUGCGGGUGCUGUAUUUGACAACACGACUACAACCGCGAUCGUGAAAUACAUUGGAAAUUAUACAGCCCCAUCAACGCCAUCGUUUCCAGGCAACCUUCCAAAUUUUACUGACAUCGAUGCCGUAACAAAUUUCACCAAUCGGAUUAGGGCUCUGGCUAGCAAGGACUACCCGGUUGAGGUCCCCCAAAAAGUCGAUACCAGGCUUUACAUAACUAUUUCACUGGGCACGAUUCCGUGCGUUAAUAAUUCAUGCGAUGGACCGAAUGGGGCCAGGCUUGCUGCAAGCUUGAACAACAUGAGUUUUGUGGAGCCUGCUGUGGAUUUAUUACAAGCAUAUUAUAGGAAAAUCAGAGGGAUUUACACGACCAAUUUCCCAAGCGUGCCGUCUGAUUUCUUCAAUUUCACAUCUGAUGACCUGCCUGAUAACGUUUUCACGCCAUUGAAGGCUACCAGAGUGAAAGUCUUGGAAUUCAACUCAAGCGUGGAGAUAGUUUUCCAGGGGACUAAUAUUGGAGCUGAGAAUCAUCCUAUGCAUUUACAUGGCAAUAGCUUUUAUCAUGUUGGAUCUGGUUUUGGGAAUUUUGAUAACAAGACUGAUCCAAAAGGGUACAAUUUGGUUGACCCACCUGAGAUAAACACGGUUGGGGUGCCCACGAAUGGAUGGGCUGCAAUCAGAUUCAGAGCUAAUAAUCCAGGAGUGUGGUUCAUGCAUUGUCACUUGGAAAGACACGCUAGUUGGGGAAUGGAUACGGCAUUUAUUGUGAAGAACGGGGCCACCAGAUUAACAAGUAUACGGCGGCCCCCACGUUACUUGAACCCUUGUUAAUCAAUUUCUCAGAUUUGAAAAAACUAGCUUAUGACUUGAUUUGGCAAAAGUCACGUGGCAGUGCCCAAAGACCAUGGAAUAAUGUUUUGUUUAGAUUGUGAGUGAUCAUUCUCUAGUCCAUUUCAUUCCAUUUGAACAUAGGAGAUAAAUUAAGAAGAAGGAAUAAGCAUAUUAUGCAGAGUAGAUAGUUCUUCAAUUCCAGCAAAAGCGCAAAAAAAAAAAAAAAAAAAAGCAACAAAGACAAAAAGAAUUCUAGCUUGGUGUGAUUUAAUUUGUUUAAGGAUAUUUGUUGUAUGA